UAGAAAUAUAAACAUAACAGCAUUUUAUUUAUUUAGCUAGAUACGUAAUUUAACAUAAAAUAUGCUAAAAAAUUGUUUUUUAACUGAAAAUUACCACAAACCAGUUAGCCAAACCUGUGGAGAAAUAAUAUGCGAAAACCUAAAGAAUUUUAUAAUCAAUUGCAAUUUAUGCAAAAUCAAAAUAUUUGAGUUUCCAGAAUUCAUAGAGCAUUUCAAAAAAAUGCAUUUGGAAACAACUUCUCAAUUACAUAUUAAGAAGGAAAUUAAAGAGGAAUUACAAACCGAACUUGAAACUACUGAACAAAAUGAACUUGUGACUAAUAAUGAAUGUUCGGAAGAUGAAAACGAUGUGAGUACUGAGGAUGAAUAUGACGAACACUUAGAGCGGCAGACAGAAAUAAGUAUAAUAAAGCCCCACAAACCCAAAGAUUUUGCCUGUGAAAUAUGUAAUAAAAAAUAUACCGACUACCGGGGUUUGCAAAUACAUGUAAAGCUAAUACAUUUACGUGAAAGACCUUUAAAAUGUUCCAUGUGCGAGGAGUCUUUUGCCGAAGAACGUUACCUAAAGAGUCACAUACAACGUAAACAUAUCGGUUUUGAAUGUCAACAAUGUCAUCGUGUUUUUAAAACAAAUCCCACAUUGAAACGUCAUUUGGCAGUACACAUGGAAACUAGAGAGUUCGUUUGCCAGAAAGAAAAUUGUGGCAAAGCUUUUGCCACCCCAACAAGUUUACGGGCACAUCAUCGCGAUCAUGAAAUAUUUAUAUGUGAAGAAUGUGGUUACAAGUGUAAAAGACAUGAAUCCUUGAGGGAACAUAAACGUCAGCAUACUGGAGAGAAGCCGUUUGGCUGUGAAGUAUGUGGACGAAGUUUUAGUUCGAAAAAAUUACUGACCGGACAUAUGAGUUGUCAUGAGACAGUACGUAAACAUGUUUGUGAUGUUUGCGGGAAAAGUUUUAAUCGACAUAAUGCUCUCUAUCAUCACAAACAUUUGCAUUCGGAUGUCAAGAAGUUUGUUUGCAAAAUAUGUGGUCAGGCCUAUGCUCAGGCAGCGGGACUAUCGGCUCAUAUGCGUAAACAUAGAGAAAAUGUCAGUGGGGCUAGUAAAGAUGAUUUAAUGCAAGGAUUUUAUACUUUAGUUGUGGUGUAAAAAGAAAUUCUAGUAACUUUUGAAUCUGUACUUUAAUUGUAGAGUUGAUUUUUAUAUAACUAUUUAAAAUAUGAAGUAUAUUAAAAUUAUACAACCAUAUAAUUUUUAUAUUAUGGUAUAUUAAAAUUGUUUAAAUGUCAGAUUUUGAACCGCCAUA